AUGGAUUUCUACAAAAACAUAUGCCCAAAUGCUGAGAAACUUGUGCAUGAUUUUGUCAUUGAGCACAUAAAAGAUGCCUCUAUUGCAGCAGCCCUUCUCCGGCUUCAUUUUCACGAUUGCUUCGUACGGGGUUGUGAUGCGUCGUUGCUUUUGGAGUCCACACUCGACAGUGGGAAAAAAACCGAAAAAAAUGCUCCUCUGAGUCUGACUCUCAGACAAUUCGACUUCGUAGAUGAAGUGAAGAGGUUGCUGGAGGACAAAUGCCCUGGAGUCGUCUCAUGUGCCGAUAUCCUUGCUUUGGUUGCACGGGACGCCGUUGGAGCCAUUGGUGGGCCCACCUGGGAUGUCCCAACGGGCCGGAAGGAUGGGCUGGUAUCCAAUGGCACAGAAACGUUGACCCAACUUCCAUUCCCAACAGAUAAUUUAACCACUCUCCAGGAUAAGUUUAAACAGAAGGGGCUUAACAUGCAGGACUUAGUAGUUUUAUCUGGCUCGCACACCAUCGGGACUUCUCAUUGCACGUCGUUCGCCGCCAGAUUGUACAAUUUCACGGGCAAAGGGGGUCCGGACCCCACCAUGGACCCCGCCUACGUGGACAACCUCAAGACCAAGAAGUGCAAGAGCAUAAGCUCCACGAAUAGAGUCGAGAUGGACCCGGGAAGUUCAGAGAAGUUCGACCGGAAUUACUAUGCGAACGUGCUCAUGGGGAGAGGCUUGUUCUCGUCCGAUGCAGCACUUUUGACCAAUGACAAGUCACGGUCAAUCAUCAACAAAAUUAUCGAGGGACGAUCAGUGAAUUUCUAUGAAGAAUUUGCAAAAUCUAUGGUGAAAAUGGGAAAUAUCGAGGUUAAGACGGGGAAUGAUGGUGAAGUUAGGAAGAUUUGUACUCAAGUCAAUACCUAA